AUGGGGGAUUCUACAAUAGCACACACUAUUGCGAUCCUGCAAACUCUCGCAUUAUCGAGUCUCGAACUUCCACCAGCGAAUGUCUACGGCAAUAAAGGGAUUAGGUUACCAGGUGCAGCUACAUCAGAGAAGCUUGCCCUCGAACGAGAACUUACGGCCUUGGUUUCAAGAGUUCAAAGAUUAGAAGCAAAGGCGAUCACAGUCAAUAAUCAAGCCCUACCAGAUACACCGAAUGAAUUAGGAGCACCAUCUGCUUUUGCAGAUGUACUCACCGGUGCUCCAUCCCGUGCCUCAAAGAGUACUACCUCCCGACAACAACUCGUAAAUUCGUUGCUCGCCGCUAGAGAAGCGCCCACCGGCGGUGAAAGGCCUCCUAAAUUUACAAAAUUGAGUGAUGAGGAACUCGAAGCACUCCGCGAACAUGUCGACGAUCAAUCGAAACAACUCGAUAGUCAGAAAUCUGAGUUGGCUGGUGUACAUGCUCAACUGUUUGAGCAGAAGCAGAGACAAGAACAAGCACUCAAUGUUCUCGAGGUCGAACGCGUAGCAGCUCUCGAAAGAGAACUGAAGAAGCAUCAACAAGCCAACGAGGCUUUCCAGAAAGCUCUACGGGAAAUAGGAGAGAUUGUCACAGCUGUAGCUAGAGGUGAUCUCAGUAAGAAGGUACAAAUCCACUCCGUGGAGAUGGACCCUGAGAUUACCACUUUCAAGCGGGUUAUCAAUACUAUGAUGGAUCAGCUUCAGAUAUUCUCGAGUGAGGUCUCCCGUGUAGCGAGAGAGGUCGGCACAGAAGGUAUUCUCGGUGGACAAGCCAAGAUUUCUGGUGUUGAUGGUACAUGGAAGGAGUUGACUGACAAUGUCAACGUUAUGGCACAAAAUCUCACCGAUCAAGUCCGAGAAAUUGCUUCCGUCACUACUGCUGUAGCCCAUGGAGAUCUCACACAAAAGAUUGAGAGACCAGCUCAGGGUGAGAUACUCCAACUGCAACAAACGAUCAAUACCAUGGUGGAUCAACUGAGAACGUUCGCCGCCGAGGUCACCCGCGUAGCAAGAGAUGUAGGAACUGAAGGUAUUCUUGGAGGUCAAGCGGAAAUCGAAGGCGUCCAAGGCAUGUGGAACACAUUGAUAGUGAACGUCAACGCUAUGGCCAACAACCUCACCACACAAGUGCGCGAUAUAGCCAUUGUCACAACAGCUGUCGCAAAGGGAGAUUUGACACAGAAGGUUCAGGCAGAGUGUAAGGGUGAAAUUAAGCAGUUGAAGGAGACUAUAAAUUCCAUGGUGGACCAAUUACAACAAUUUGCGCGAGAAGUCACGAAGAUUGCUAGGGAGGUCGGUACCGAAGGUAGACUGGGCGGGCAAGCAACAGUGCAUGAUGUUGAAGGCACUUGGAGAGACCUCACCGAAAAUGUGAAUGGUAUGGCCAUGAAUCUUACGACACAAGUACGAGAGAUCGCAAAGGUUACUACCGCUGUCGCUAGAGGAGAUUUGACCAAGAAGAUUGAAGUGGAAGUUCAGGGAGAAAUCGCUUCGCUGAAAGAUACCAUCAACACCAUGGUGGACAGACUUGGCACAUUCGCUUUUGAGGUUAGCAAAGUCGCCAGGGAGGUCGGAACUGAUGGAACCCUUGGUGGGCAAGCGCAAGUUGAUAACGUCGAAGGAAAGUGGAAAGACCUCACCGAAAAUGUGAACACCAUGGCCAGAAACUUGACUACUCAAGUACGAGGUAUCUCGACUGUUACACAAGCUAUUGCCAAUGGCGACAUGAGUCAGAAGAUUGAGGUUGCUGCUGCGGGUGAAAUACUCAUACUAAAGGAAACCAUAAAUAACAUGGUAGACAGAUUGAGUAUCUUCUCCAAUGAAGUGCAAAGAGUCGCCAAAGAUGUGGGUGUGGAUGGUAAGAUGGGUGGUCAAGCUGACGUUGCCGGGAUUGGCGGCCGUUGGAAAGAGAUCACGACGGAUGUCAAUACCAUGGCUAACAACUUGACAACUCAAGUGCGCGCCUUUGGUGAUAUUACUAACGCCGCAACCGACGGCGACUUCACAAAAUUGAUCACUGUCGAAGCAUCUGGAGAGAUGGAUGAGUUGAAACGAAAGAUCAACCAGAUGGUCUACAAUUUGAGGGACAGUAUUCAAAGAAACACCUUGGCUAGGGAGGCUGCCGAAUUUGCCAACAGAACGAAGUCUGAAUUCUUGGCCAACAUGUCUCACGAGAUUCGAACACCUAUGAACGGUAUCAUUGGUAUGACCCAGUUGACACUCGACACCGAUCUUACUCAAUAUCAACGAGAAAUGCUCAACAUUGUUCACAACUUGGCCAACAGUUUAUUGACCAUCAUUGAUGAUAUUCUCGAUUUGUCAAAGAUCGAAGCAAACCGUAUGAUCAUGGAGGAGAUUCCAUACACUCUUAGAGGAACCGUCUUCAACGCACUCAAGACUCUGGCCGUCAAGGCAAAUGAGAAAUUCUUAGAUCUCACUUACCGCGUGGAUAGUUCAGUUCCAGAUCACGUGGUUGGUGAUUCGUUCCGUCUUCGACAAAUUAUUCUCAACCUGGUUGGAAACGCUAUCAAGUUCACAGAGCAUGGUGAAGUUUCUUUGACGAUCCAAAAAGCCGAACAAGAUCAUUGCGCGCCAAAUGAAUAUGCAGUCGAGUUCUGCGUUUCUGAUACUGGUAUCGGUAUCCAAGCUGAUAAACUCAAUUUGAUUUUCGACACUUUCCAACAAGCAGACGGAUCUAUGACGAGAAAAUUCGGAGGUACUGGUCUAGGUCUAUCAAUCUCAAAGAGACUUGUAAACCUCAUGCGUGGAGACGUUUGGGUCAAGAGUCAGUACGGAAAGGGCAGUUCAUUCUACUUCACGUGUACAGUCCGCCUCGCAACCUCAGACAUCAGCUUCAUUCAGAAACAACUCAAGCCAUAUCAAGGUCACAAUGUUCUGUUUAUCGACAAAGGACAGACUGGUCAUGGAAAAGAAAUAAUCACUAUGCUUACACAACUUGGUUUGGUACCCGUUGUUGUCGACUCUGAGCAGCAUACCAUUCUUCUCGGCAAUGGAAGAACCAAGGAAAAGAUUGCUUCAACUUACGAUGUGAUUGUUGUGGACUCAAUUGAGUCCGCUCGAAAACUGCGAUCAAUCGAUGAGUUCAAGUAUAUCCCAAUUGUUCUCUUGGCUCCUGUCGUCCAUGUCAGCUUGAAGUCUGCUUUGGAUCUUGGUAUCACUUCUUACAUGACCACUCCAUGUUUAACGAUCGAUCUUGGCAACGGUAUGAUUCCUGCCUUGGAGAACCGAGCUGCACCCUCAUUGGCGGACAACACAAAAUCCUUCGACAUUCUCUUGGCCGAAGACAACAUCGUCAAUCAACGCUUAGCAGUGAAGAUUCUAGAAAAGUAUCAUCACGUCGUUACUGUCGUUGGCAAUGGUCAAGAAGCACUAGAUGCCAUCAAGGAGAAACGAUACGAUGUUAUUCUCAUGGACGUUCAAAUGCCAAUUAUGGGAGGUUUCGAAGCAACCGCUAAGAUUAGAGAGUACGAACGAAGUCUUGGAACGCAAAGAACGCCUAUUAUCGCACUUACGGCACACGCUAUGUUGGGUGAUCGCGAAAAAUGUAUUCAAGCCCAAAUGGAUGAAUACCUUUCUAAGCCUCUGAAACAAAAUCAUCUCAUUCAGACAAUCUUGAAAUGUGCAACUCUUGGAGGUGCAUUGCUCGAGAAGGGUAGGGAGGUUAGGCAAUCCGCUAAUGAGGAGAGCCCCAACUCGCAAAAUGGUACUCGCGGUACACAGCAUCCUGCAUCGAGUCCCACACCAGCCCAUAUGAGACCGGCUAUUGAGCCUCGUGCAUACACGACUACUGGCCCUAUAAAUCAUGGAAGUGUGGAGAGUCCUUCACUUGUAACGGCAGAUGCUGAGGAUCCACUUGCGAGGCUUCUAAUGCGUGCGCAUAGCAGCUAG